GCUUUUUACGAGCGCCUCGCCCAAUGAAAGAGCAAUGCGUACACAAGGCAUACAGGCAGCCAGAACUGUAGCGAAAUCUUUGUUUAUAUCCCCAUUUAGAACGGUAAUGCCCGAAAGAUAGGAUAAAUACAAUAUCCCUCUUACAUCCUGUUUUCAUGCCAACAAUCCUAUUAAUUACCAGAACUGCAAAGACAGAACAUCACACCCAUCUUUCGAGAUCCUGCCAACUAUGUAUAGCUACGAGCCCCUCCAAAAUGAUGAUGAUAUUCGCCUCAUCGAACUUGCUCCAGCUAGGCUCGCUUCGCCUGGUGGCAAGUUGGAUAUCUCGAUAUUGACCUUUGCGCACCGAGAUGCUCCCGAUUACGAAGCUUUGUCCUAUGUUUGGGGUGAUCCAAGCAAUCCUGUGACCAUAAGUGCCAACGGGCAAGACAUGCAGAUUGGUCGAAAUUUGUAUGAUGCCCUGAUGCAUAUCCAACAUGAUCAACAGCCUCGGACACUAUGGGUGGACGCUAUUUGCAUCAACCAGAGGGACAAUGCCGAGAAGUCCAAACAGGUCUUGAGAAUGAGGGAUAUCUAUACCAGCGCUGUGAAGACUCUCAUGUGGCUUGGAAAACAGAACGCCCUUCCAAGCUCGGUACUCGACAAUAUCCAGGACGCAAUUCAGACCAAGCUAUGGAUCCCCAUAAUGGAUUGGACUCCACCUCGCCCUUUAGGUCCCUGGAUCCCAAUACCGGGCCCGCCUCGAAUUAUGUUUGAUGAUACUAUCCUUGAUUCCUUAGGAACUCUUUGGGAUCAAGAAUAUUUUUCCCGGAGCUGGAUUACACAAGAAAUUGCCGUUUCAUCACAGCUAAUUCUCAUAUGCGGGUCGCUUCAGUUCGAUUUCAAUGAAAUUAUCGACAUUCUCAAAAUUGUUUGUCGUUACUCAACGAUCGAAUUAAGAAACCAAAAAAUGGUCACGGAUAUUAUCGAGAUAAGACAAGGGAUACAAGAGCCUAUGGAUGGUACACAAGGAAGCUCUGAACCAAGCGAAGGAAGCAAAAGUGACAGUUAUGUCGACGACGAAGAAUAUCUAAGUAUUCUUCAUCUGCUUGAGCUUCUAAGCCGUCGAAGGUACCAAAGUGCAACGGAUCCACGCGACAAGGUUUACGCAUUUCUGGGGGUGAGCCGAGACUCAGGAAUAUUGAACAUUGAACCUAAUUAUUCAAUAUCUGUCAAUGAACUCUACACAACUGUCGCCAUCAAAUUCUUCGAAGAGCACGGUCUGGGAGUCCUAGCCGAGUCUCAGCCAAGCUAUUCAACACUCGGACUACCUUCUUGGGUCCCAGAUUGGAGUCAGCCUUUGCGGGGAGGUAUUGAAAGGAGAGACUAUUUCGAAUGCGGAACGGCUCUGGAAGAAGAUGUGCGCAUGAACAUACCAAAUGGUAGCAUUACCAUUUCUGGAACACUUUUCGACGUUAUAAAAAGCACAGAUGGUACUCCUUUUGACAGUUGGGGUCCCGAGCCAUGGCAGGUAGUCAAUAUGCAGGCCCUGUUCAAGGAGAAGAUGACAAAUUUGGGUUAUGAGGGUUGUUAUCCUCACACCGGGGAACGGUAUGACACUGUCCUUUUACAAGUAUUGACUGCGGGACGGGGGCGUCGAGUAACCCUGGAUUCCCUGUUUCCGAUGCAAUGGUCUACAAUUAGGCCCGGCUUUGACAUAAACCCAUUGCAUCCAGAGAAAAAGAAAUGGGACUCACUAUAUAAAAAUAUCGCAUGGAAAAAGGACCAAUGGGAUAUUUUUGAAACACAAAACGGUUAUAUUGGACUUGGACCGAAAUCAGUGGUACCAGGUGACAUUGUUUGCAUCUUUGGAGGCGCAACAGUUCCGUACAUCCUACGCCCUGUAGGUGGAUCAAACUACCAACUGAUUGGAGAUUCGUAUGUGUAUGGUAUUAUGAUGGGAGAAGCUAUCAAAGACAAGCCGUUGUCUGAUGUUGAGAAUUUUUGUAUUAUAUAGCAUCUGGCAAGUAACAGAGCCCGGUUCGUAUCAAUGUCUGCAUGACACUGUCUGCCUCCCCGACGGAACGCCUGUCCGGGAUGACACUGCCCUUGGGCAA